AUGACUAUUAUCCGACCGCAUGCCAACUUGUACCAUCGUCGACGUAUCAUGCAACGCAGUACAGGGGAACUUGGUUUUUAUGCCGUUUCACAUGUGUGGGGAAAUGCUGGAAAUAACAUGUGGGACGUGGGAAGCUUUAUUCACGAAAAUGGCCGACCUGUCAAGCCAAUUCCGAUGCGACCCGAAAAGCGCAACACGUUACUAGCACUCUUAAGAGCACACCCUGACAGUUAUUGGUGGAUUGAUGUCCUAUGUGUCCGCAUGGAUACGCCUCUUGUCAUCAUGCGAGAUAUUUACGCUCACUGUAACAGCUGUAUCAUCCUGUUGGAUUGUCAUCCAAAUACCAUUCAAAGAUUAUCCGACCCAUGCAUUGAGAAAAUGUGGCAUGCCAUCAACAGUAUUCGAGACGCUUAUACUUUCGGUCAUCCUCCUCAUGCUAAAGCACAAGUCAGCGAGUUUGCUCGUACCUAUCAAAAAGAGCUAGACGCCUUAUCCACCUUGGCCCAUUGUCAAUGGUGGAACCGUGUAUGGACGUGGCAAGAAGUUGUACUUCCUGGAUGGGGUUUCAUGAUAGCUGAGCAAAGUGGUGGUGAAGAGAUACACAACGCUGUAGAUCUUUUUGCUCUCAAAGAAAUGGCUCGCAUGAUUCAUGAAAUGUCUUACUCCUUUGGUGCUGAAUGUGCGAUUGUAUCUUUGUUUCGAGGUACGACGCAACUACACAAAAUGUGGCAUGAAUUGAGCACAACAGCAGCAGCAGAUAUCGGACACCCUGUGAUGGUGGAGACCAAGUUGGAUUGUAACAACAAUUGCAGCCCUCUCGAUUUGUUAUUCAUGUUUGCUCAAUCUUCUCGAAGGUGCAUGGAUCCAACUGAUUAUGUUUAUGGUGUCCUUGGUUUAUUGCAAAUGGAUAUCCCGAGAAUGAAUGAUCCACAUGCUGUAUGGACCUACUUUUUAUCUCAAGUCGAGGAUCUUGUUGCAUCUUCGUCACAUGACCACCAUCAUCGUCAUCAUUGCUCUGGAAUACACACCACCACCAUUACUCUUUCCGAACGAGCGAAGAAGUUUGAUUUAUCCAAAGCCGACAAUAUGGCCGAUGUAUAUGGUGGUUUAUUGUAUGUAGAAUAUGCAUCAUCAUCAUCAUUACAAGAUACAUAA